GUGCAUCCUCAAAACCUUAAACUUUUCAACAAACACAGAAAUGCAACUCCAUUGCCCCAACAGCCAGUCGCUGAGUCACCUCAAUCUUCUCUGACUCAGCCGAUCUGAGAUUCCCCGCCUCCUCCUCCUCCUCCCCCAGGACCCAUUAUCACCAUGGUAUUUAAUAACUCACUUUACACACUCACUCAUAUCUAUUAAAAACUGUAGAGCAAUUGGGGAGGGUGAUUUAAUAAAGUUAGGACCAAGUUGGCAAAAGCUAAAACGGUUGCAAUUUGAGGUGGAUGCUAAUUACCGCUAUAUGAAAGUUUAUGACUGAUUGGCUGUAGAUCUAUGGCAAAAGCAGUGGAUCCCAUGGGAAAAUAUGGAAGAGCUAAGCUUGGUAAAUUGCAUCAUCAGCCCUGGAAGAGAGCUGGCUUGUGUAUUAGGGAUGAGCCAAAACUUGGAGAUGAUUCACUAGGACAUGUGUGUUGGAGUAAGAGACUCUAACAUUGUAAGCUUAGAACAAAAAUCUAGUAAUCUCCGAUCUUUAUCCCUCCGAGCUCGUUCUGAUUUUUCAUUGCCUUUAUUGAUGAACAAUUCAUUAAGAUUAACUGAUGAGAGUCUAAGCCAUUGCUCAAAACUGUUUGAUGCUUGAAACGGUGAGGAUAUCUUUCUCUGAUGGAGAGUUUCCUUCAUUUUCAUCAUUUACUUUAAAUGGAAUUCUUAGUGUGAUUCGAAAUUGCCCAGUUCGGGAACUUGCUCUUGAUCAUGUCUAUUCCUUUAAUGAUGUUGGGAUGGAAGCUCUAUGCUCAGCUCAGCAUCUGGAAACCUCCGAGCUUGUGAGAUUCCAAGAAAUAAGUGAUAAGGGGCUGCAGCUUUUAAGUCAGUUUCCCCACCUCUGUGUUUUGCGACUGAGCAAAUGUUUGGGGAUUACAGAUGAUGGAUUCAAAACUCUUGUAGGUUCGUACAAAUUGGACUUAUUGGCUGUUGAGGAUUGUCCUCAAAUUUCUGAAAGAGCUAUACAUGGAGCUGCUAGAUCUAUAUCGUUUCGGCAAGACUUGUCGUGGAUGUAUUGAACUUUUUAUGGGCUUGAGUGGUAUAAUUAUCUGGUUUCUUUUAUUUGUGCAGUCUUCUGUAUCCCUAAUCAUUACAAUAAACAUUUCUAGAUGUUGUUGCAUUUGAUUAUUGUAUUACCUUUACA